AUGAAGGAUGUUGUUUGCGAAUACAAAAUGGUGACCUGCUAUAACAGAGUAAUCGCCAUAAACUCAGAGCUGAGCGACAGACAGAGAAGUGCUGACCUUGUCACUGUGGAUAAAACAAUGUGGAUUCCAAUGCUUCUCAUCUCCUCGCUGCCGGUUUCAGGUGCACUGUGGGCAAAGUGGGAUGACAGAGGAGUUGUGGGAAGAACGAUCACAAUCGAUUGUCACUAUGCAGCAGAGUACCGCUCACACACAAAAUACUGGUGCCGUGGGAGGAGUCGCCCGUGUAGAGUUUUAGUGGAAACAAAUGAGCAACACGGACGGAGUGGAAGAGUGUCAAUCACAGAUAACCCGGCACGAGGAAUAUUUACUGUGACUGUGGAGGAUCUUCACUCUGGAGAUACAGGAUGGUACAGCUGUGGAAUUACAACAUCUGCCGACCAUCCAAUAUUUAACGUUUAUCUCGAAGUAUCUGACGUUUCAGCUGCAGUGUGGGGAGAUACAUAUGCAAGAGGAGUUGUAGGAAGAGCGAUCACAAUCGAUUGUCACUAUGCAGCAGAGUACCGCUCACACACAAAAUACUGAUGCCGUGUGCAGAGUCGCCAAUGUACAGAUAUGGUGGUAACAAAUGGGCAACACGGACGGAGUGGAAGAGUGUCAAUCACAGAUAACCCGGCACGAGGAAUAUUUACUGUGACUGUGGAGGAUCUUCAGUUUCGAAAUACAGGAUGGUACAGAUGUGGAAUUACAACAUCUAACGGCCGUCCAAUGUUUAACGUAGAACUCCAUGUAUCUGACGAACCCGUGUCUACUCCUGUGCUCAGAUAUCUGUCACCAGCAAAUGCCUCACGUCUCGGAGGCUCAGCGUCAGUGUCGUGUGAGUCUGUCCGUGGAUCCCUCCCCAUCCGUUACACAUGGUUUGAGAAGAACGAGCAUUGGGUUUCAACUACCGUGUCUGGCAAUCAACUGGAUCUGAGUUGUGAUAUCCUCGGAGGUCAACACCGUCAAUUUUACUACACAGCCUCAAAUAAUCGUGGGACAAAAUCCAGUGAAAGUCUCAACGUUAAAUUCUUCAAAGGAGCAGGAACGUGCAGUUAUGUGACAGAAAUCAACAAUGCAGUUUCAGGUGCACUGUGGGCAGAGAGCGAAGUAAGAGGGGUUGUGGGAAGAGCGAUCACAAUCGAUUGUCACUAUGCAGCAGUGUACCGCUCACACACAAAAUACUGGUGCCCUGGGACAAGUCGCCAGUGUACACAUGUAGUGGAAACAAAUGGGGAACAGGGACAGAGCGGAAGAGUGUCAAUCACAGAUAACCCGGCACGAGGAAUAUUUACUGUGACUGUGGAGGAUCUUCACUCUGGAGAUACAGGAUGGUACAGGUGUGGAAUUACUACACCUGGCGAACCAACAUUUAAAGUACAUCUCCAAGUAUCUGAAGAACCCGUGUCCGUUCCUGUGCUUGGAUUUCUGUCACCAGCCAAUUUCUCCUGUCUCGGGGGCUCAGUGACAAGGUCCUGUGAGUCGUUUCGGGGAUCCCUUCCCAUUAACUACAGCUGGUAUGUAAAUACCCCAUCUGGGGAUUCAAAGAUCUCAGACAACAAUGCCCUGGAUCUACAUUGUCAAUCCUUCAAACACCAGCACCAUCAAUAUUAUUGCACAGCCUCAAAUAAACGUGGAUCAAAAUCCAGUGAAAUGGUCAACGUGUCCAUCUCCAACAGUGACGUGUCCUGCAGUUUCCUGGUGAAAAUCAACGGCACUGGACUUGAAUAUUCUUGUGAAACUUCGAAAGGAUCCAAUGAUUUAUCAAGCAUAAUUUACAUAGUUGUGCCUGGUGUCACUGUGCUUCUCCUCAUUCUCAUCAUUACCUUCUUUUGGUACCGAAAGCGUAAAACCAAGGAAUCCAAGUACAAUACAUCACACGGUGAAGACAACAAUGAAACCCAGUUGGAAGGGAACCACAUUGAUUCAAAUCUGGAAAACAACAGGGCAGGUGACCAUUUGGAUAACAAUGAAGGUGGAAUCACGUAUGCAGUGGUGAAUUGUCAAAGGAAGUCGAGAUCAAGGCAGCAUGCGGCUGAAAACGCUGUCGUCUACGCAGAUGUCAAUUUUCAUCGCAACUGCCCAAAGGGCAUUCGGAAACCCCACUCUACUGGGACUCCAGAGAACACUGAGUCAAUCUGUGCCUCUGUCGUUUCUAAGGAGAGAUUUUUUAAUUCGGAAACCCCGGUCCCUCGACUGAGGAUUAUCUGGUUCCCUGCCGAGACCCACAAGAGUCAGAGGUGCACCGUGGGCGGAGAGCGAAAACCCCUGUCUGUUCCUGUGCUUGGAUUUUUGUCGCCAGGGGGCUCGGUGACAGUAUCCCGUGAGUCUGCCCGCGAUCCCUUCCCAGUAACCACACCUGGUAUGAAUAUAACCCACCUGUGGAUUCCAAGAUCUCAGAAAACAAUAUCCUGA